CCUAGUCAAAGGAUCGCACCUCUUGACUCUCCACAGGAUUCAACAGCCCUCAGCAACCAUGGCGACAAUCACACCGGAGGCUCCUGCCUUGAUCGCUCUUAUCGCCUCCAUUAAAGAGAAAGAUCCCGGUCUGGGCAUCAAAAAGGUCCUGGCCGAGAUUCAGGCUAGAGAACCCACCUGGCUCGUGAGCGAGAAGCGUGUCAAGAAAAUGAUGGGCGAGGCUGGUAUCGCUGUGGCACGACCUGAGGGCGAAGGCGAGCUCGACCCCUCGAUCCCUGUCAGUCAUAUCGAUACGGAGGUUGAUGUCAGCGCACUGACUAAUGGCCAAGUUAAGGCCAGGAUGAUUAAUAAAGUUAUCGGCAAAGGUCUUUUUGCAGCGCAGGAUCUUCCCAAGGGCAAGGUGAUCUUUACAGAAUUCCCCUUCGUUUACUUCCCGCCCAUGAAGAGAUACAACAUGGUCGUUCGAGGGGAGGCGUGUGGGCUCUGCGCUCGUACCAUCAAGCACGGAAACCUCUUGAUCUGUGGCUGCCCAAGCUGUGGCAAAAUCAAGUACUGCACAAAAGCAUGUCGACAGACAGCUUGGGAUAGCUCACAUCGCUUCGAGUGCGGCCCACUGAACCCAGCAUUGAAGGAUUACAUAACCUACUGCGCGGAAGAAAACUGGAACGCCGGCAUGGGCGCUCUUCGCUGCUACGAACGCAUUCUGAUCGCGAAUGAGACCUCACCGGAGGAGCUAGCAUCAGUUCUGAAGCACCUGGACGCUUUUGCAACCGUCAGUCAGGAGGAGCGGCAAAAGAAGGAGACCUCAUGGGACAUGAUGGGCGACCAAUCGCGAGCGAUUUGGGAGAAAGCCCUGGAAUUUCUGAUUAAAGGCUGUCAGUACCCACUCAAGAUCACUGGCAAAAACGGCACCUCUGUUCUCACAAAACCCCUGCCUGACAGUCUGAAAGACCUUUUCUCCAUGGAGACGUAUCUCAAAUUCGUCGGCCGAUACAAUAUCAACAACCAGGAUGGAGGACUCUACCUCCUGCACUCUUCGCUCAAUCAUGCCUGUGUACCCAAUGCGAUCAUUGAUCAUCCUGGAGCAGGAACGAAUUAUGGCGUGAGCGUUCGCUUAGCCCGAGACAUCAAGCGGGAUGAGCAGCUUCAGAUCACAUAUUGCGACCCUCGCUGGAAGAGGGAUACGCGACAACAGUACCUGCGCACUGAGUACCUCUUUACAUGCAAGUGCAAGCGUUGCACGGGCUCGGAUGACUCGGUUAGUGAAGAAAUAAUGCAGUCGCUGGGACUUGCUGCAUAAUAAAUUAUGAGAAGGCGCUCUUUGUAUACGA